AUGGCCAACAGCGAGACCGAGGCGCUUGUGCGCGCACUCGGAGAGCUUGCCGCCUCGCUGCACAGACGUCGAGGCAGCGAGUCCGCCACUACCGCAGAGAAGCGCGCUGUCUUGAAGUGGCUGCACGGCCUCAGCGUUGAGGAACUGGCGUCUCUGUGCUGCGUGGAGGAUGUGGGUUUCGUCAAAACGCUAUUGCACAUGGCGGCGCUAUCCAGAGCUUCCAGAGGCGGUGGCACACGUAUACAAGAAUUCCAACUUUUGCCACAGACCAGCGGCGUCUCCAGCACUGUCCAGCUCAAGCGUGCUACUACGAAAACGCCGUCGAGGAACGCCCCGAGAGAAUUUGUGAAGAGGCCAGUGCUGCGGACGGCGGAUGGAGAUGUGGUGGGUAGUUUUCACUCUAGAGAGUAUGAAGAAUGCUGUUUAAAGCUGCUACAAGGCAUGAGAGUGCUAAACACACUGCAAUCAUGCGAUACGGUCGCGCUGUCAAUGGCAUUUUUCCAGCCAGUGCAGAAAGGACAGCAACUCGCUGCAGAUUUCUUUCAUCUAAUGGAGAUAAUAUCGUGUGGGGAAUUCCUGAUGAAGUGUCCGUCAGAUACAACGCUGACGAGUCGGGUCUGGGGGGAGACAAAGGAACUCAAUAUAUGGGCCUUCUGGAAGCGACGCCAAAGAGAUGAGAGCGCGAGAAUCCCGCUGCAAGGCCUCGCUUCGAAACUUUACUUGGUAAACGAAUGGGAAAUGGCGAGUUUGGAUCAACAGAAUGCAGUGCUGAAGGAGCUGGGUUCCAAGACAAUGUCACAUCUUAGGACUCUUAACCAUUCGGUGACAAGCGACCUACAAAGAUUUCAAUCUGAGCGGUCGUCGUUGGAAGCGCUUGUGAGCAUCCUGAGCAAGAUAUCGCAGCCGGUGGCUCACGGCGUCCCGGUGGAUAUUUGCUUUACUUGUUCGUUUGAAGACGCGAUCGCGUUUCCACAAGCGGGGGUCAUAAAGCUACUGCUGGCAGAGCAUCUUCAAGAACAAUGCUCGUUGCUUCUGUGUGCAAGACUGUCGAAGGAAGAAGAAGUAUCUGCAAGCAACAGAGUUGGAAUUACAGACGAGAGAGCCAAGUCUAAAAGAAAAAGCGCCAACCAUUCCCAACGACGUCGUGCGAGUCGCAAGAAGAUGCUCAAGCAGCGACGCCGUGAGGGCGAAAUCCGAGCUGUUCAGCACACACGGUAUAACAGCGUGUUGCGUGAGCUCUCCCAACAUUUUCGUCAGAAACAUGAAGACACUAUUGCAUGUGUGAACCAGGUGCUUCGUGAUGUCAUUAACAUCGCGAUAGACGAUGAUCAGCUAACUUCAGGGGGUUGGAGCAUUACUUCUGAGCUCAGUGCCAAGGAUAACGUCCAUCUCAAACAAAAGAGGAAGAAGAAGAAAACGAGGAAGAAGAAAGCGGGUGUCGAGGAGGCCAGACAUGGGAGCGCCAACACAGAAGAGCACAGUGUUGCCACCGCUGGUUCAGAUUCGUCACCGUCUCAGCAUGACAGACUGCCUCUGGUUGACUGCAAUAGUGAUAGUGGAAGUACACAUGGUGACGGCCCGCGGCUGAGUUUUUUCUCCAAUGUUGGGCCGACGAGCACAACGUCGCCAGCUUCUUCGGCACCGCUACCGUCAUUCGGCACGCACUCUCUUUAUUCGUCGACCACGACGCCGUUCUUCCUGUCGUUGGCACCACGAGACCACCACACCCAACCACCGCGUGUUUCUCGACAAGACCUUGAUGAAGAUAGCGAAGGGAAUCAAGCGGCAGAUGGUCCCACUCCUGCUCACGAUACUCAAGCGAGUUCAGACACGUCAAAUUUCGAGUGGUAUCUGCCGUCAGUGUUCUCAUUGCAGACCUCCGCACACCGUACCGUUUCCCCGACUCCUGCUCUUGACUGGCAUUUUAACCACUGGCAAUUCAAGGCUCAAGAUGGAGGCAUCUCGGACAAGGGCGUGUCCACGGUGGCAAUAGCAGAACUAGACCCGCCUCCGCCACCGUCGUCGUCCUCGUCAACUUCCUCAGCAUCGUCUCGUUUUGCAACUGGAAGGAUAUCGGGAUCGACAAAAAAAUAUUCGCUGGCGUCUUUUUCCAAGAUUGCUGGGCUGGACGCAAGUCGGCGAGGUGCCAGCCACUUGGAGCAAGAGAAACCGAAUUUGACAGUGGCAUCAAUACGAGAACAUGAUGAUGGUGCGUCGAGCGCGGCGGAGAGCGACAAUGAAUCGGACUUCUUGUAUCGCGAAGGAGGCUUCUUCGAUCGCCAGCGUGCGCUCAAACGUCGACGACGCCCAUGGCCUUUUGAUUACGCCCGCGACCAGGACGAAGAGGAGGUAACGGAGAAUUAUGACGCUCCGAGACGAUACUGUUAUCACUGUUGUAAGUGUGCUUCGGCAUUGAUUUCGCCGGUAAUUGCAGACAAACCUGUUGAAAACGAUGCGAUCGCCAAGGUUACAAUGGUUUUGGAUCGAAUUGUUCAACUGGAGGAAAAACUGACCGAGAAAGCGAAGGUGAUGGAUGAACAAGCCGCUUCUGCAUCUUCUGAAAUCACCACUCUGAAGCAAACCGUAGCGACGUUGACCGCUCAGUUGCACAACAUUGAGAACAAUAUCCAAGACUUGCAGUUAUGGCAGACCUCUGUCUCUGCUAACACCGGUGGAUUGGAGGAUUCGUCGUUAGGCAACGCAAGCUCCUGUGGCUCGUCCGCAGCUCCUUUCUCACCAGCGCCAUCAUCUCUAGACCAACAGGACGACAGCCCGCCUACUGCAGCACCUCCCCUUCCGGAAGCCUAUGCAACAGCAAACUCUGUCAUGGGUCCAUUCGUGUCCGUCCCCUUGUCGGUGCUGCCUCCACGCAGUAAACUACACUGGGAUCUGUGCGAAUUCGCUGCUCAGCUUCAAGCAGAUAGCGAUGCUCGUCUCCCUGCACAACUAGCCGCUCAACGGUUGUGUAUGGCGACCGUGCAAUCGCUAUGGCCGCGUGCUCAAGUGCGUCCUUACGGGUCGCAUGUAACGAGACUGGUACUUCCGUCAAGCGAUGUGGAUCUCGUCAUCUGCUUACCAAAAGUACGUCGUGAUGCUCCUGCUGACGCUGCCGGCGUGUUAGAAGGUCGAAAUGCCAUCAAGGAGACAUGGCAACAGAACCUGGCCCGCAAGUUGAAACAAGAGCCGUGGGUCGUACGUGACUCGGUCAAGACACUACCCCAUGCUGCUGUCCCCAUCAUUACGCUCCUCACUGCUCCGCCGUACAACGUGAGGCUUGACAUAUCGUUUGAAGGUCCUGGUCACAAUGGGUUGGCUACGAACGACGUCGUCCUAGCACUGCUGCAUGAAUUUCCACCACUAGCGCCCAUGAUGCUGGUCUUAAAGAGCUUCGCUAUCGAACGUGGCUUGGCAGUGGCGUAUUCGGGAGGACUCUCGUCGUACGCGUUGCUGCUCCUUGUAGCACGAUAUCUCCAGGAACACAGCGACACAAUGCCCAAUGGGUUCGCGAACGCUUCCAGAGCGGUUCAACACAGUUUGUCAACUGUUCAAGCGGGUGUGGCUGACUUUGGUCUAAUGCUCAUGGGCUUCUUGGAUUUCUACGGCAACCGGUUUGAUCCACGCACAACCGGUAUCAGUGUAGCUUCACGUUGCUUCCUGAAUCGAGAAAGCACCUUUAUGGCUGGAGCUGUUCCUGGGACGACAGGUAUGGGCGACCCUCAUCAAGUGCCACAUCAGUAUCAGCAAUACGCGGCUGAUGACGCAGCAGUGGAUGAUCGGACAAGUCAAUACGGCUAUGCUCAGCAUUGGCAAGUACCUGCGCAACCGCACAUGCAACUGUCACCGAAUGCUGAGGCUGCUCAAGGAAUACGCCGAUACGGCUAUCGUUCUUCCCUGGACUUGCCGGCAUCAAGAGCACUGGAUGGCAUGGGCGCUGCGACUGGACUCUUGGACUACCAGCAGCUACAACAGCAGACGUACGAUCCUCACAAGUUCGACCCAGUGUUCAUUGAAGAUCCUUUAAAUCCAAGUAACAACGUCGGACGAAACUGUUUCCGCAUUAUGCAGAUCAGACGCGCGUUUUCAGCGGCUCAUCUCGCGCUACUUUCUGCGUCGCGAGACCCAACGAUGUUCGCAGACAACCGGAUGGGUUUAGUGGCAGGUGUUGGGCUCCAUCCAGACAACAUUCUCCGAGCCAUCUUGGGUCCAGGUGCUCCCGUAAAUGCAAAGUCUGAUGCUGCAACGUCGACAACGGUUGGGGGCACAGUGUACAUCGGCGGCGUGGAGCACCCGUACGCAUUCCACCCUUACAACCAGCAACAGUUCACGUACCACCAGCAUCACUACUAUCAACCGCCACAGCCUUUCCAUCAAGCCACCGUACAGCAGCCUCGCAGUGUGAGUGCGUACAGCAACGAACCGACUUCGCGUCGACACAGUGAGAGCGAAAGUGCGAAGCUCACGACACGCUCAUCAGCCUCAACAGCCAGUCACAGUGAUCGAUCAAGGAAACGACAUCUCGGAAGUCCACGCCAGAUCAGCACUCACAAUUCCAACGUCCCAGCACGUCUGCUCCGUCAAGGCUCCACGGAAUACGGACAGCGACAGUCGUCUUUGAAGCAGAUUGACGGCCAAAGUAUUACCAAGGUGCUUAGUCGGAAGAACAGCGAACGCUCCAUGAGCUUAUCGUUAAGUUUUGCCGACGUUGUACGUGACGGUGGGGGGUCAAGUGGCGCAGCUGUAAAUAUUCCAAAGGCGUCGCCCCACGCGCUUGCUCGACUCGCACGGUUUUCACGCGAUGACAUGGCACUCGAGGAAAGCAUUAAUGAACGGUGGGAGACCAAAGACGACUCGGAACUUAAGUGA